CACAUUGUUUUCCCAGAGAUACAAUAAUAGAAUGAGAAAGUGCGUGGAUAAGUUUAUACAGGUGAAACUCCAAACCAGAGUCAACAUGUUUCAAGCUAAAUCUAAAGUCUUCAAAAUAUCUUGGAUAUUUGUACAACUGCCUUGUUGUAGGCAUAUAAUUUUUGCGAAUUAUUGUUUGCUUGCCCUGGAUAGAAAGGCCUAAAGAUGUGGAUCAGCUGGUAUUAUGCGUAAAGUUCCCACGCUAAUUCGGAUAAACCCAGAUAAUACAGAUGUUUACUUCCGAAGCUAACCCGCGGGGUAUAAAUAGUGAGUGUUUCGAACCAGAAAGGCAUCAGUUGAUCCACUUCAAUUACCAAUCAUCAACAUGAAGUUCACCUGUGCUCUGCUCCUUUUGGCCACUUUGGCUUGUGUCCUGGUGAGCCUGUCAAGUGCUGCCAGUUCCACAACCUCAACAGAGGCCAGCACCACCACCACAACAACAACGGCCUCGUCCUCGGACACCACCACCACCACUGAAUCCUCCUCGGACACCACUACCACCACCACUGCUUCCUCUUCUUCCUCCUCCGGCAAGAAGAAGCACAUUAUCCACUACAAGCGCAAGGUGCACCGCCCCAAGAAAGUCAGGAAGAUCCACCGCAAGAAGAACCGCAGCGGUUAG